CAAAACUGUAGAUGGCGAUGUUUGUUUUCUCCUUCACUAAAUAUUCUACACCGAAGAAGGAAUCUACUGUAGUGCAUGCAUAACUGGAAUGGUUUGACUAUCAGAGAUGUGUGUGAUUUAUACGUAUUCUGCAUUUAUUCGUGGAUGUAUAUGAGUGUGUCGUCUGUUUCGCAUAAGCUUUCUUCGUGAUAUUUCUAAAGAGGGUACGAUCUUCGUUCACGGGUCCUGCCAUGGAUAUCAUCCUACAGUUUUGUCGACAUAAACUGCUGCCAAGAGCCUGUGCCACUGCUACCUCUUGCAAGCGGCUCUCGAGCUGCGCACAUCCACUGAGAACCUCACAUACCCCCGCACCACCGCCCUCCCCACUGCCGCUGGUAUCGCGUCUGUUCCAGCCGUCCAACCUACGGGAGGGCCAGGACAGCGGAGACCUAACGUGCCGGAGCCAGAGACUGAUGCUGCAGGCGGGCCUCCUCCACCCUUCCAACCCUGGCUGUUUCUACUAUUUGCCAGCCACGGUGCGCUCCAUGGAGAAGCUGGUGCGACUCAUAGACCAGGAAAUGAACGCCAUCGGCGGGCAGAAGUUGGACAUGCCUGCGCUGUGCGGGGCAGACCUGUGGCGUCGAAGUGGGCGCUGGGACCUUAUGGGGAAAGAGAUGUUCCGCCUGAGGGACCGGCACGGAAUAGACUACUGCCUCGGCCCUACGCAUGAGGAGGCGGUGACGGAGCUGCUGGCAUCCCAGGCCAAUCUGUCCUACCGACAGCUACCUCUGCUCCUCUACCAGGUGACAAGGAAGUUUCGGGACGAGCAGAAGCCAAAAUUUGGGUUGCUACGGGGACGCGAGUUCUACAUGAAGGACAUGUACUCGUUUGAUGUGAGCGAGGAAGCGGCGCACCACACCUACCAGUCCGUGUGCCAUGCCUACGGGCGCCUCUUCGACCGGCUGGGCCUCAGGUGGGUGCAGGUGCAGGCGGACAUGGGCAACAUCGGGGGCACCCUCUCGCAUGAGUUCCAGCUGCCCGCCGAUGUUGGUGAGGACCGGCUGUUGACGUGUGGCAGCUGUUCCUUCUCUGCCAACGUCGAGCUGUUGGAGGCGGGGCAGACGGACUGCCCUCAGUGCCAGGCGGGCACCCUGGUGGAGUCCAAGGGCAUUGAGGUGGGGCACACCUUUUACCUGGGCAGCAAGUACUCUGAGGUGUUCAGUGCCACCUUCAACACUGCCCAGAACAAGCCUACGCUGGCAGAAAUGGGCUGCUUCGGCCUGGGCGUGACACGCAUCCUCGCCGCCGCCAUUGAGGUGCUCUCCAGCGACGACGCCAUCCGUUGGCCGGGACUGCUGGCGCCCUACCAAGUGUGUGUCCUUCCCCCCAAGAAGGGCAGUAAGGUGGUAGCGCUAACCGGCCUGGCAGAGGAGCUGGCUCUCGGUCUGGGCAGCCUGCCCGGCCUAAGGGGGGAGGUGGUGUUGGACGACCGCACGCAGAUGACCAUCGGCAAGAGGCUGAAGGACGCCAGCCAGCUGGGGUACCCGUACGUGGUGGUGGUUGGGCAGGGGGUGGCCGAGCAGCAGCCGCAAUUUGAGGUGAUCUGCCAGCAGAGUGGGGAGACGCUCUUCCUCAGCAGAGAUGCCCUCACAGACCUCCUGAGCAGAGUGGAGACGGUGUGAUCACUGCACUGGCCACUGGGUGGGUAGGAUUACAGUACUGGCCAGGAUGGCUGAGUGGACAGUCUGGAGGAGUCUGGCCUCAUUUAGGGAGAGACUGGAUGACUGUGGAGGAUGGUGUUGGGAGUGAUUCUAGAUUAUGGCAGGUGGUGUCUAUGCACUGGGCAAGAAUAAUGCAGAUACUGCAUGCUUGUGGACUGGUUGGGAGGGAGAAACUAUUAUCAGAUAUGAACAGCUUUGUGUUCGAUGUCUUGUGUGGGAGGUGGAUAAAUGGGACCACUGAUUACAAUAAAUAAACAAUAAGUGUACGGUUUCCUUUGAUGGAAUUUUUAUAUAUAUAUAUAUAUUUGUUGUAAAAAUAAACCACAUUCUCUGGCUCUUUCCUCAUUAGGAAGAAUAUCUUGUAAAUGUUUUUAAUGAAGUUCAAGCAA